UCUCAAAUCACAGGUUCUGUUUCCCCCAUGACCGACAACAUCAAUACGGUCACAUCUCCAACUCCUUCCUUCAAACUGAGUGGGCCUUCACCGUCAGGAACAUUUCCUCAGGACACAUCGGCCACAAGUGGAGGAACAACCUUCACCAUAUCACAGCCCACGGAUAUAAUGAACAAAACCCAAGUCACAGGAGGACUGCUGGCAACACCAACCAGCCCUGACACCACCCUGGGAGCCUCAACAGACACAGCCCAUUCCAUAGCAAGCACCACUCCUCAAGUCACCUCCCUAUUCUCCACAUCAGGGGGGCCAGCAGGACAAUCAGCAGGCCCUUCUACCACAACCUCCCCGGAUGCAACGUCAGCCUUUUUCCAAACCCACCAAACUCAGAGCAUAGAGACCACUGGACAACCUGACACCAGCAAACCAGCCUCCUCAGUGACACACACAACCUUAGAGGGCACGACUACCUCUUCUUCAUCUACUGCAAACAGCCCAACAGCUUCAGGAAGUGCUUCCCCAGAAACAGCCACUCCAGGUAAGGUCACAAUCUUCUCAGCAGCUCCCUCCAUUAACAGCCACAUAACUCAGUCAACAACCGAUUCAUUGUCUACUGUGCCUAGUCUUGUCACUACCCCAGAAAUCAUGGGAAAUGUGUCCAAUCCUGUCACCAGCACCAUUUUGCCCACCGUCUCUGAGGUCUCUACAACAGGUGGACCAACAGAACAGUCAACCCCAACCUCCUCCAGCUCCUCUCCUGGGGAAACGUCAGCCAUUUCCCACAUGGCUCAGACUACAAGGAAUAUAACAACCAGAGGUUCUGAAACUUUCACUUCAGUCUCUCAGGUGACUGACACCAUCUCAACAGUCACAUCUCCACCUCCUUCACCACCAACAAACGGACACACGUUCCCACAAACCAUGGCAACCACCACAUCACCUUCAGGCACUAGCACAACAUUUCUCUCAUCCUCAGUCACCAACGGCCACACAAGUCAGACAGGUAAAGAAACUUCAUCAGUGGGGGAAACUGCAGGGCCAACGACGGUCAUUUCAACCACCCUGAGUGAUGUGACCUCAAGUUCUCCUCCCAAAAAUUUGUCCACAAGUGGAGAAGUUCUAGCAACAAGCUCAAGCUCAGACUUCCAUAAAAACAUCACUACAGCGAUCCUUAUGCCGACAGGUGGUCCUCGCAAUGACUCCAAAAAACCCACACAAGCAUCCACUUCCUCCGUGGGCAUAUCAAACACAUCCACCCAUGAGCCUUCUGCAACUGUUGAAACACUUACCUCUACUAGCAACCCCACGACGAGGACAAACUUUGUAAGUUCUACAAACACCCCUAGCAGUGCAGCUGGCUCCACACUUACUGUAUCACAAGAACCCGUAUCCCACCCAUCUCUCGGCACCACCUCUGCGACCUCUUCAGAAACCACUACUCCACAACCAACCUCGAGCUAUACCUCCGCUCACAUGCCUACCUCUCCAGUGGCCCCAACCAGUAACACUAACAAAGCAACAGAAUUGGGGUCUACUACCACCACUCCUGUCGUCACCCGAGGGAAUCCAGUAGCCAUAUCAGAUGCUGCCACUAACAACACAACUUCUGACGGCUCCACAACAGAAGGCCCUACAAGGCAGUCAACACCAAUCUCUAUCCGCACCUCUGUUCAGCAAUCAUCGGCUGUUUCCCAGAUAGGCCACACUCUGGGCUCACAUUCCACCCAAGAAUCUCAAAUCACAGGUUCUGUUUCCCCCAUGACCGACAACAUCAAUACGGUCACAUCUCCAACUCCUUCCUUCAAACUGAGUGGGCCUUCACCGUCAGGAACAUUUCCUCAGGACACAUCGGCCACAAGUGGAGGAACAACCUUCACCAUAUCACAGCCCACGGAUAUAAUGAACAAAACCCAAGUCACAGGAGGACUGCUGGCAACACCAACCAGCCCUGACACCACCCUGGGAGCCUCAACAGACACAGCCCAUUCCAUAGCAAGCACCACUCCUCAAGUCACCUCCCUAUUCUCCACAUCAGGGGGGCCAGCAGGACAAUCAGCAGGCCCUUCUACCACAACCUCCCCGGAUGCAACGUCAGCCUUUUUCCAAACCCACCAAACUCAGAGCAUAGAGACCACUGGACAACCUGACACCAGCAAACCAGCCUCCUCAGUGACACACACAACCUUAGAGGGCACGACUACCUCUUCUUCAUCUACUGCAAACAGCCCAACAGCUUCAGGAAGUGCUUCCCCAGAAACAGCCACUCCAGGUAAGGUCACAAUCUUCUCAGCAGCUCCCUCCAUUAACAGCCACAUAACUCAGUCAACAACCGAUUCAUUGUCUACUGUGCCUAGUCUUGUCACUACCCCAGAAAUCAUGGGAAAUGUGUCCAAUCCUGUCACCAGCACCAUUUUGCCCACCGUCUCUGAGGUCUCUACAACAGGUGGACCAACAGAACAGUCAACCCCAACCUCCUCCAGCUCCUCUCCUGGGGAAACGUCAGCCAUUUCCCACAUGGCUCAGACUACAAGGAAUAUAACAACCAGAGGUUCUGAAACUUUCACUUCAGUCUCUCAGGUGACUGACACCAUCUCAACAGUCACAUCUCCACCUCCUUCACCACCAACAAACGGACACACGUUCCCACAAACCAUGGCAACCACCACAUCACCUUCAGGCACUAGCACAACAUUUCUCUCAUCCUCAGUCACCAACGGCCACACAAGUCAGACAGGUAAAGAAACUUCAUCAGUGGGGGAAACUGCAGGGCCAACGACGGUCAUUUCAACCACCCUGAGUGAUGUGACCUCAAGUUCUCCUCCCAAAAAUUUGUCCACAAGUGGAGAAGUUCUAGCAACAAGCUCAAGCUCAGACUUCCAUAAAAACAUCACUACAGCGAUCCUUAUGCCGACAGGUGGUCCUCGCAAUGACUCCAAAAAACCCACACAAGCAUCCACUUCCUCCGUGGGCAUAUCAAACACAUCCACCCAUGAGCCUUCUGCAACUGUUGAAACACUUACCUCUACUAGCAACCCCACGACGAGGACAAACUUUGUAAGUUCUACAAACACCCCUAGCAGUGCAGCUGGCUCCACACUUACUGUAUCACAAGAACCCGUAUCCCACCCAUCUCUCGGCACCACCUCUGCGACCUCUUCAGAAACCACUACUCCACAACCAACCUCGAGCUAUACCUCCGCUCACAUGCCUACCUCUCCAGUGGCCCCAACCAGUAACACUAACAAAGCAACAGAAUUGGGGUCUACUACCACCACUCCUGUCGUCACCCGAGGGAAUCCAGUAGCCAUAUCAGAUGCUGCCACUAACAACACAACUUCUGACGGCUCCACAACAGAAGGCCCUACAAGGCAGUCAACACCAAUCUCUAUCCGCACCUCUGUUCAGCAAUCAUCGGCUGUUUCCCAGAUAGGCCACACUCUGGGCUCACAUUCCACCCAAGAAUCUCAAAUCACAGGUUCUGUUUCCCCCAUGACCGACAACAUCAAUACGGUCACAACUCCAACUCCUUCCUUCAAACUGAGUGGGCCUUCACCAACCCGUAUCCCACCCAUCUCUCGGCACCACCUCUGCGACCUCUUCAGAAACCACUACUCCACAACCAACCUCGAGCUAUACCUCCGCUCACAUGCCUACCUCUCCAGUGGCCCCAACCAGUAA